AUGGAGACUAUGGUGACGGCGAUAAAGAAUGGAGCUUGUGAUUAUAGGGUAAAGCUAGUGUGCCCUGAAAUGGUCAGGAACAUAUGGAUGCAUGUGGUGAGGAAGAGCAAGAGUAAUCCAAGGAAUAAAGUCAAUAGCAGAAAUGAUAAUCCUAGUCAAAUGGUGCAAUCUGUGGAUGAUGAGAAUGGUGAAAAGGAUGAUGCAAAGCACACCAAGAAGCAUUGGAAGAAGAACAAAAAAGAUGGAGAUGGUGCUGAAAAGGAUGAGGACAUAUCAACCCAGAAAAAGUAA